UUUCAACAUGCCUUUGGUUGCCAAUUACUCGUCGGGAUCAGACAGCGACAGUGAGCCUGAACAAACCACUAAACCACAAAGAUCGUUUAUCGACUCAUUACCUCCUCCGAAGCGGAAGGUUGAAACAGCCAAUGGCAAAGUUCAGAUCUUUGUAGAUCUUCCCAAACUGAACAAUGACAAUGAUAAUGACAAAGAUUUUAAGGACACUAUGUCGGCUAACAAGCGACCAAAGACCUCAGGAGGUUCUGGAUUGUCAGCUCUUCUACCACCUCCAAAGAAUCCUAACGCCAGCCUUAGAAAAGAAGGAUCGACCUCUUCUACCCCAACCACAGCACCCAUUUCCACCACCACAUCGUUUAUACCACCUGCCCUUGCAAAACGGAAAGCAGAGCUAGCUGCAAAAGCCUCAGCAACAACCACUGUAGAUAAAGCCAAAUUGAAUAUUACUAAAAAGACGACUGUUGAAGACGAAGAAGAAGAAGAAGAAGACGACGAAAGUGACAAUGAAGAUGUAGGAGAAGUCAAAAGCUUCUUCCCAUUAGGACCAAAUAUCACGCAGGUUUUAACAACGCCUACACAAUCCCAACCAGCCACUAUAACAGAACCAGUGGCAGAGACUAACCAGCCAACGGAAGCAGAAAGCUCCACGAUCUCUUACACAGCAGCCGACGCAUAUGCUUAUUAUGAUCCCAAUGCGCAAUACGAUCCAGCAGCCUAUCAGCAAUGGUAUGAGCAGCAAGCGGCAUAUGCACAGUAUGGAGAACAGAAUGCCCCAGAAGAGGAGCUAAGUAAUGAAGCGAUGGAGAGACUCAUGGGUAGACACGGGAGAGGAUUUGGGGAACACAUCAACAUAAAGACUGUCAAUUUAGCAGAAGAACUCCAAAACAAGGACGGAAUCCCAACCCAGGAGCCCAUUGGGCUUUCAGGGAGCUCGAUCAAAACAAGUUCUCUUCAAAAGCGCAAGAGCAAUAUUAUGUAUUUGGCUCACCAAGCUCAAAGCAAACGAGACAUUCUAGCAGAACAAUAUGCACAAAAUCGCAAGACAAAACGAGAGGCUAAAAUGAAAUAUGGGUUUUGAAAUCGGAUUGGAAACUACCCAGAAAUUCUCCCCCUCCUAUGCUGGUUUGGAAUUUGGCGAUGCCAUGAUGUAAACAAGCAGUAUGUCAGUCGACAAUUUAAACUAUGAGCAUUAAAUAAAGAACGUCUUGCAUAAUUUUGAGUGGGAAGCGUUAAUCUCCCUAUUGGCUGCUGUAAGAUGUCAAUUGUUUCAAUCCCAU